UAAAUUGUGCAGGCAGCUUAUACGAUUAAAAUUGAUAAGCAUCGGUAUGUGACAACCCUUAAUAUCGAUUUAACUUAGCUGCAAUUAUCGAUAUGUACAAUGUUUUUAGCCAUUCCUCUUUUAUACGCGCUGCUCUCGCUCUGAGCCCAGGUCUUAAAUUAUAUUUCCUAAGUGUUUUAUUUGUGAAAUUACAUUUAACUGUGCUCUAUUCGGACAUCAAGUACUCCGUGCGUGAAUUUCUAAUGGCAGAAGCUGCAAAAACAGAAAGUGCCCAGUCCGGUGCAUCCCAAAGGCGCAAGCAUCGGCGCGGCAAAAAAUCAAAACUGUUACCCAAAAAGACGAAAAAUCAGUAUCCGCCAUGGAAAAUGGAUCUGGUGACAACGUCAGCCGGGAAUGGCGCAUCUAGCAGUGGCAGCAGCAGUGCCCGCACCAAGUUGGUGCGUUCUCGUUCGCUGCUUGUGCCCUACAACACCAAUCGCUUUUUGAUGGAGGAGCAUAUGUCCGAGUUGCCCAAAGACGACUUCGAUGAUAAUUGCUUUGGCUCUCAGACCGAGGAUCAGGAAUUGUUUCUCUCGAAGGAAUUCUCAAACGUUUACGAGCGUGCGCGUGUUGAGCGAUUGGAAACGAUGAACAAACAGGAGCUCAUACAGGAAUGUCUACAAAUCGAGGAUCGAUACUCGAAGGACCAAGGCAGACAGCGUCAGCAGAGCUUGAAUGCGCAAAAUAUCUCAAAGGAGUUCGGCGCCAAAAUACGAGCACUCGAGGAAAAGAUACGGGAAUUAACGCGCGAGAAUCAAAUACUUAGAUUAAACAUUAUACGCUCGUGCUCGCCAACUAUAACCGCAGCAGCCGCCGCGGCGGCAUCACCCCCUUCAGCUGCCGCACCCACAGCCAGUGCAGUUUGCGAGUUGCAGGCACGUCAACACCCCCUACAACCCACGCCAAUGGACUCUUCCAGCGAGGAUAGUGAGAGUGAUAGCAGUAGCUCAACAUCUACCACCACGUCCAGUUCAUCAUCGAGCAGCGAAGGCCAUGAGAUGGGCGUGGCAGGCUUAAAUAUUGCCAAUGGUCAUGCGGAGCGCAGCGUGCACCGACAUAGUCGCAGCCAUUCGGGCUCACCCGCACUGCAGAUUGAUGCUCAGCUAAACGGUCAUGCUAAUGAGGAGGAGCGCUUGCUUCUCCUGGACGCCAGCCGCAUGGAAGAGGAUGACAACUCCAGUGAGGAUGCCAAGAAUAACGAUGCAGUCGCUGGAGAACCCGAAUAAACUGAUGCCCUGUUACC